CAUUCCUAUGCUUCUGAGGAACAUGUUCGAAAAACCGCCAGAUCUGGAGCAUCAUCCAUUGGCUCAAGCAAGAAGGCAGGUAGAAAGGCUCCUGCGGCCACUGCGCAAAGCGCGAGGUCACUUUGGGAAGAGCGCCCUGUCCCUUAGCCGCGACUGGGAGAGGAGACCAGGUGUUAAUUCGAUAAUUGACUGGAGAUUUCCAAGAACCUCUGGUGGCUCUGGUGAACUUUGGGGGAAAAAAAAAAAAGAAAAAAAAAAAGAAAAAAAAACCCGGUGUCAUUGUCGAAACCCGAAUUUUGCCGCCUCUCACCAGCGGGCUGGAAUUUGCUUUUUUUGUCGGCCAGUGUUGAUUAUCCUCCCCUGCACAAAGGUGCAUGAAACUGCCCAUCAGCCUACGCUACGUCGCCACUCGCCGGCGUGCCUGGCAGGUCGGAACCCAUUGCAUGCCUGCCCACACAACUCAUUUUCGUUCCUGACUUUGCCCACACACACGACCCCGCAGCAUCCAAGUCCGGUCGGUCUGGCAGCACCCAGCUGGCAGCCAGCAACGACAAACGGCAACCCUGACAGAUGAGGCGGGGAUGGGGCUCGGCCGAUGGUGAAUGAAAUACUCGCCUUUUACACCGCUCCCUUUGAAUAGUGAGACAAAACCCCAUUGGUGACGUUUGAAUAUGGGCGAGAAGAAGAGGGGAAAAAAAAUAAAAAUAAAAAAUAAAAACAUCGCCCUCAGCGUCCUAGCACCCGGGAAAUUUCGAAAGGAGGGGGAGGGGGGUGUGCCUUUUACGCCCCUUGUUGGGCCAGAGGCUUAUAUGCCACAAGCGCGCUUAUAAGUUACGGGGUAUUUUGAGUUUCGAAGUGGGUUGAGCUUCCGUUGAUCUGAGUUGGCCCCGCUCCAGCAGUGGUUGGGAAAAACCUGUGGUGAAGCCGAUCUGGACAACGUACAUGGAAACCAACGACUGAUACGAUACGCUCCCCCCUCCCCUCUCCCUGAUGAAGUCACGUUAGCUUAGAGCAGACUCGUUCUCCGUUCGUCUAGUAACUUCAUUGCAUUGUUAGCCCGGCCCCACUUCAAUGCAGUGGACUCAACUGUACCCGGAGAGCUCUGGACGCCGCUGGGAAGAGGGAGAAGGAGGGCCGAAAAAACAUGAUGAUGGCGCUUCUCGUAUGCGGCUCGUUCUCGAGUUGCGCUUUUUUCUUUUUC